AUGAAUAAUGCUAAAACGUCGUCUAGUCGUCAAACAAUGUCAGCCGCAGCUGCAACGUUGUCUACCAUACAAGCUGUGAACACAGCGUUACUUAUGAUUCAGACCUUACAACUGACACAUUGGAGGUUUCCACCAUCACGCACACCUGAUGAUGGCAGAUCAUUUGAUUUCAUUGUGGUGGGAGCCGGCUCAGCAGGGUGUGUCAUAGCCAACAGACUCUCAGCUAACCCUAAAGUCUCCGUCCUACUGAUAGAAGCUGGAGAAGCAGCACCAUUGGAAUCAGAGAUAGCAGCACUGUUCCCGUUACUGGCAAGCUCUUCAUAUGACUUCAAUUACACAGCAGUUGACGAUGACUAUGCGGCACAAAAUCUUCAAGGUCAACACGUUGGACUCACCCAAGGAAAGAUGUUAGGAGGCAGCAGUGCCUUAAACCAUUUAAUAUACGUGCAACCACACGCCGACGACCUAAACGAAUGGGCAAAAAUCCUAAAUGAUCCCAAAUGGAACUAUGAAAAUAUGCUACCAUACAUUAAAAGGCCAGAAAAUUUAGUAGAUGAAGAACUACUAGCUUCACCAGAUGCCAAACAACAUGGUACUAAAGGACCAAUUAAAAUCACUAGGCACAGAACUGAUAGUAACAAGAACAUUCUAUCAGCCUUCGAAGAACUUGGUCAUCGUAUCCUGGAAGACACGAGUACACCAGAAUCAAGAUUGGCUUACUCUGAACCCUUUGUCAAUAUAGCUGAUAAUAUUCGGCAGAGUAGUGCUGUUAAAUAUCUAAACCAAGCCAAAAACCGGCCUAACCUAUAUGUUAUGACUCAAACAACAGUAACUAAGAUCAUAAUAGAAAACAAUGUAGCAACUGGUGUUGAAGCCGUUGAUAACAAUGGUGUCAUCAAGAAAUUUAAAGCAAAGAAAGAAGUAAUAGUAUCAGCAGGAGCCUUUAAUAGUCCUAAAUUAUUGAUGCUGUCUGGUAUAGGCCCUAAAGAUCAUCUUCAAUCAUUGGGUAUAGAUGUAGUCACUGAUCUGCCUGUGGGGGAAAUGUUGCAAGAUCAUUCUGAAUCAGUACUAGUGUAUCAAAUGGAAAAAGAUGAUUCUCCGACUCCAGCGGCCAAUCCUUUCGAAUUUCCUGCUCCAAUGACUAUUGGUUAUGUCGCUCUUAAUUCAUCACAAAAGCGCCCAGAUUAUCAAGCAAUCAAUUUAGUAUUUCCUCACGAAUCUGCUGGUUUACUUCAGCUUUGUACAAACGUGUACAAAUUUUCAGAUUUUCUAUGCAACCUCUUUUACAAUGCUUCAAUUGGUAGGACUGUAAUUUGGACUAUCAUUGAUCUGAUGAUACCUGAAUCUCGAGGUAAGGUUUUACUAAGAAGUGCUGAUCCUUUGGACGAUCCUUUGGUAUAUUCUGGGAUAUUCAGUGAUAGUGCGGAUUUGAAACUAAUGGCGGCAAGUUUGGCUGAUUUUAACAAGGUUGUAGAGAGUUCAUAUUUCAAGAGUGUUGAUGCGAAUCUUGUUGAUACAGGUUUAUGUACGGAUGUUAAUUCUGAUGAAUAUUGGGAAUGUAUGGCGUUGUCUACGUCAUCAAGUUUGUGGCAUUUUGCUGGUACUUGUGGUAUGGGGUCUGUUUUAGACAGUAAGUUAAGAGUUAAAGGUGUGAAAUCCCUCAGAGUUGUCGAUUCUUCUUCUAUGCCAACUCAAGUUAGUGCGAAUAUUUUGGCUACAGUUUUAAUUAUAGCUGAAAGAGCAGCUGAUUUUAUUCUUGAUACUUGGGAUAUCUGUCAUCAUCAUUGAGGUUAUAUCAAAUCUAUGGCUACUUUCACCAACCUC